AAGGAAUUAAGGGGCUCAAAAAAAAAAAAACUAGUAUGUCGAAUGAAGAAGAUUUGGUAGCACAGGGGCUAAAACGAAAAUUUCUGUAAAAGAAUAUCUCUCCAAAUCGAAGGGGGAAAAGCUGUGAACCCUUUUUUAUUAACUUUGAGAGUGUUGGCAUCGUCGUUCUUCACAGAAAGAGGCAGCCAAGUUUGACGACUGCACGACGCCGUAUUGCUGCUCUGAAAAUACUCCGCCCAUUUCUUUUGGUUUUGGAGCCAAGAUUCAUAUAUAUUUUUCCACUUAUUUAGGUUGAAACUAGAAAAGAAACCAAAAAAGAAGAAGAAGAAAGGGAGAGAUAAAUUGGGACGACGGUAAUGGAUUUGGAUCAGUGGAUUUCGAAGGUGAAGGACGGGCAGCACUUGUCUGAGGACGAGCUUCAGCUUCUCUGCGAAUACGUAAAGGAAAUAUUGAUUGAAGAAUCAAAUGUGCAGCCAGUCAAUAGUCCAGUGACAGUUUGUGGUGACAUUCAUGGCCAAUUUCAUGAUCUAAUGAAACUCUUUCAGACUGGAGGUCAUGUGCCAGAGACAAAUUAUAUCUUUAUGGGGGAUUUUGUUGACCGUGGAUAUAAUAGUCUAGAAGUUUUUACAAUUCUGUUGCUUCUUAAGGCGAGAUAUCCUGCGAAUAUUACUCUUUUACGUGGAAAUCACGAAAGCAGACAACUAACUCAGGUGUAUGGGUUCUACGAUGAAUGCCAGAGGAAAUAUGGAAAUGCUAAUGCUUGGCGGUAUUGCACUGAUGUGUUUGACUAUCUUACAUUAUCAGCUAUCAUAGAUGGAACAGUAUUAUGUGUUCAUGGCGGUCUCUCUCCUGAUGUUAGAACUAUUGACCAGAUUCGGGUGAUAGAAAGGAAUUGUGAAAUACCCCAUGAAGGACCCUUCUGUGACCUCAUGUGGAGUGACCCUGAAGACAUUGAAACAUGGGCAGUCAGUCCCCGAGGAGCUGGCUGGCUUUUUGGGUCUAGAGUUACUUCCGAGUUCAAUCACAUUAACAAACUGGACCUAGUGUGUCGGGCCCACCAGCUAGUGCAGGAAGGUUUAAAAUACAUGUUUCAAGAUAAAGGACUUGUUACUGUAAGUUGCCUUAUGUUUUGUGUCGUCUGUGUAACUAUGAGGUUGCUUGGUAUUUAACUGUGCCAACUGCCAUUGUAUGAUAUGGCUUUUCUUACUCCCCAGGUUUGGUCUGCACCAAAUUAUUGCUAUCGUUGUGGAAAUGUCGCCUCAAUAUUGAGUUUCAAUGAGAAUAUGGUAUCAUUGCUGGAAACUUGAUGCUUGUUCAUACUUUCUUUUUUCUUGUAGGGUGUUUGUUGCUUUCCUGCGUAGUGAAAUUUUAGUAAAAAUGUUAUGUGUUUGGCUGCAUCAACCGCUCAUGUUGUGUGCAUCACAGGAAAGAGAGGUGAAGUUUUUCACUGAAACUGAGGAGAACAACCAGAUGAGAGGACCAAGGACUGGAGUACCUUACUUCUUAUAAGUCAGAAACUGGAAAAUAUUCAUAUUUUUACGUGGAUAAUGAGAUGAAUUUGACGAGUAGAGAGAUGUGCUCGUUAUGUCAGUGGGGAAAACGAGGGAAAAAGCACAGGUUUGGUACGAUUGUAAUUUCUGUGAAGCAGGUGACAAACAAGAAGCCCUGAGUGAUUAGGGUGGACUAAGAUAAUUGAAUUUGAAUAGCAGAUUUGUUUUUUGUGUAUCUUACGCUUCCUUUUGCGUUCGUUUCUUUUUCUUUUAAUGCCCCUUCUAUAUUUGGAGGUUGUAAAACUUUGUUUCACUUCAUAGUUAAGAACUGAUUGGAUUACUGUUGUUGCUGUUAUAUCUUGUACUGCUAAUAUGGUUUUUCCAAAUGGGAGGCAACAAACCAGUGGAGUACUAAAGUUUGACUAUAAUUGUAAAAGCGUAACUUUUCGGUGUUGGGAUAAAUGUUGGUUGCAUCUCAAUCUUAAUUAUUGACUAUUAUUGUGCUCUCUGGGUAACAAUUAAGGCAAUCCAUGAAGGUGUACAGAUUAACAUCACAAGGAAUCUCCUUUUUUCCAUUUUUUUUUUUGAAUGCCAUUUCUUAUUCUACAACUCCAUGUAAAUUUAUGGAUCGUUAAUAUUUUUUUUCUUAUUAUGAUGCAUUGUUGGGAUUUUGAGAAGUAUUUUAGCGGGA